GCGCAGGCAAAUGGAAAACACAAGUCGCCUCCUCCGCCGUUGAUGAUGGGAAGCAAUCAUCCCGAGCACGGGACCAAGCCGAGAUCCACCAAACACCACAAACAACAGAACCACCGAGUGGUGCGCAAGCAGCCGCCGCGCCCCGCAGUCAGCGACCGCCACAACAUCUACAUCACCAGCAAGACAGACUUCAAGGCCCAGCAGCGCCGCUGCGAGGAGCUGAUCAACUCCGGGGUCCACGAGAUCUUUCUGCAUUGCAUGGGCUUCUCCGUCACCCGCGGCCUCAAUAUCGCCCUGCGCCUCGUCCAGAAUUCUGAAGGCGCCCUCAGCUACGCCAUCAACACCUCCACCGUUCAGUUGGUGGACGAACUGCACCCUCUGUGCGAUGCCGAGGACAUAACCUUCCGCCAGCGCAACAACUCGGCCCUGCACAUCAAGAUCUCCAAUAACAGUCUCUUCGACAUCGUCGUGCCGCAACCGUCGCAGUCCCAGACGCAAGCCCAGUCCCUGGGCCAGUUCCGAGGCAAGGCGAAGGCCAGGCAGUAGCAUGUUCAAACUCUCGGAGCUGGUGCGCUGGCUGGGGCUCACCGAGUUCGAGAUCCUGGUCAACCUGUGCGGCUUGCUUGUGUUCACCAUCACGCUGGCCGUCAAGCUCCAUCUGCAGGCCAGGGCCGGACCCGGCGGCAUACUCCCGGAGCCCAUGGGCGACUGGUUCACCGUUUUCAGCCCCCUGUUCUUCAUCGACAUCUGCAACGCGUACUUCUGCGUCAUUGUGGGCA